AUGAACUAUCUUCAAAUUCUCCUCCUCGCCGCUUUUGUUGGAUUCGCAGCUACUCAGUGGAAUCUAGAGUGCAAAAUCCAAGUAAAAUUCCGUAACGAUGCUCAUAAGAAGGUUCGUGUUGAUCUUUUGGUCCCAUCCUUGUCCAUUAUGUCGGACCCAGUGAUUUUGGAGAAGUUCAAGCAGGAGAAGAGUGUGAAUAUCAAGGGAAAGAACUGUGAGCAGAAGCCAUGGGUAUUCAUGGUUUAUGGAGAGCAAGACGGAAAGUGGGUUCUCAAGAAGAAGACGCAAUCCAAGUUCACUGGCAACGGAUGGUUCCUCACUUCCGUCGACGACGAGUAUACUCUCAACGUGUUGGACCGCCAAGGAAUCGCAUGCUCUGAGGGAAACUGCGGAAAGUAA